AUGUUCAUCCGCCCAAUACGCCGCUUCGUCUUCACCAUCAUCUUGGGCAUCUUCGCAGCCAUCCUAGGCAUGCUCUACCGCCAUUCCAUCACAGACAAAUUGUUCCAUUCCACCAUACUCUCCUCCUCUGCAACAAUGGCUCAAGUUACUCGCAGACCAGUCAUUGUCGUCGGCUCCGGCCUCGCCGGUCUCUCGGCCGCGCACGAGGCCCUCCGAGCCGGCGCCGCCGUCCACAUGCUCGACCGCGCGCCUAAGCCCGGCGGAAACAGCAUCAAGGCGUCUUCAGGCAUCAACGGCGCGGGCACGCAGUUUCAGCGGGCCGCCGGCGUCGAACGGGACGAUCUAUUCUACGACGACACGGUACGCUCGGGCGGCAGGCGCUUUGCCGGCGCCGAAGGCGCGGUCGACCGCCCGAAGCUCGUCGGGCUCCUGACGAAGAGCUCUGCGGACGCCGUGACGUGGCUCGCGGAGGAGAUUGGCGUAGACUUGAGCGUCGUCGCGCCUCUGGGCGGACACUCGCUCCCCCGAACGCACCGGGGCGCCGGAAAGACGCCCCCCGGAGCGGCUAUCGUCACGACAUUGCUGAAGAAGCUGGGAGAGAAUCGGGAGUUUCGUCUCAGCAACUCGGCAGAAGUGACUUCGCUGACUGUCGUCGACGGGGUCGUUAAGGGCGUGCGCUACGUCCAAGACGACGGCGAGCAACGUGACCUCGAGGGCCCCGUCGUGUUCGCUGCGGGAGGCUUCGCCGGCGACGCGGACGGCCUCCUGGCCAAGUACCGACCCGACCUCGCCGGCCUACCAUCGACCAACGAGGCGCGUCCCGCGCCCCACGGAAUCCUCGAGGCCGUUGGCGCCGAGCUCGUCGACAUGGACAGCGUGCAGGUGCACCCGACGGGCUUCGUCGAUCCCAAGGACCCCGGGGCGCGGUAUAAGUUCCUCGCGGCGGAGGUCCUGCGUGGCGAGGGCGGCAUUCUGCUCUCGGAAGGGGGUGAGAGGUUCGUUGACGAGAUGCAGACGAGGGAGCACGUCAGCAGGGCCAUCAUGCAGUUGCUGAGAAGGGAGCCGGAAGACAGUAGCAGGCAGUGGGACGUCACGCUGCUCAUGGACCCCGGCGCGUGCGAGGCCACCGAGGGCCAUCUGAAGUUCUACCUGUGGAAGGGCCUGAUGGAGAAGAAGAAGAUCAGGGACUUGAGACCCGCCGUCAUCCGGGCCGUUGAUGAGUAUGCCGCGGCGGUUGCCUCCGGGACGGACUCGGCAUUCGGAAGACGGACGUUCGGGCGCUGGAAGCUGCCGGCCGGGGAGGCCAACCGCGAGGAAGAGGUUUGCAUCGGCCGGGUGACGCCCAUCACGCACUUCACGAUGGGCGGCGCGUCGUUCAACGAGAGGGCGCAAGUCCUUAGGAAGGACAGGACCGUCGUCGACGGGUUGUGGGCAGCUGGUGAGGUCACGGGCGGCAUCCACGGUGACAACCGGCUUGGGGGCUCAUCGCUGCUCGAGUGUGUGGUGUAUGGGAGGAUAGCAGGGCAGGAGGCUGCAAAUGCAGCAACAAGCUCAUGA